AUGGCAAUUUCCACUCCAAUUUGGUAUUCGCCUCCUUCGCCUCCCUCUUUGACAUUUGAUCAAGACGUGCCGUGUGACUUAAAUACCGAAGCAUUCGGAUCUGCCUUUCCAUACACAACCUGUACGAUCCCACAAACGGAGAGUAUAUACACUAUACCGCCGUAUCCGAGUCCAUACCUCGAUACCAUUGAUGUGUCUAUGGUGCCAGAAUUGGAACAAAGCAUUCCGACAGAGAGUAGAAAUUAUGGAUCGGAAAGGAACGAGAUGAUCAAUGAGUUGUCAAGCGAAUUGAAACGAGGCCAAAACCGAGCUUCUCGUGAACGAAAACCCAAAUCUCAAGGUAGUCGCACACGAGAGACAUCGCAUGACUCAACAGAUUCAGUAACAGAGAAGACACCCGCACAAAAGAUGCGUCGACUUGUACAAAAUCGCCUGUCCCAGAGAAAUUUUCGGAAACGUCAAGCAAACGAGCGACAGCGACUCGAAGAACAGGUGAAGAUGCUCAGCACCGAGUUACACAACCUUGGUGAUAUGUAUCAAGAUCUACUGAGUCGAUACGAGCAGGAACAACGUGAAAAGUUGUCGAGUAGUGAGCUGGUAGGAGGAUGGGUGGAUGGGGCUGGGACUAUGAACCAAUUCAACCUUGGUGGGCUUGAAUGA